AUGCGCUACAAUCUUAUCCAGAUGAUCCUGCGAGCCACCGGGCUAUUGAUGACCCUCCUCCUAACAGCACUUAUCGGCAGUGUUAUUUCAUCAAACAUCGACGCUAUAGGCUCCGCAACUGCCGCUGUCAACUUUAUCAUGUUUGUUGCAAUCGUGGGCUGGAUCGUUUGCAUCAUCGGCCUCCUUGGCUUCUUCGUCUCUGCUCUCGACAAACCGCUUCUCCAACUCCCACUCGAUGCCAUCGCCGUUCUCUUCACUUUCAUCGGAGCUAUUGUCCUUGCUGCCAAGCUGCGCGUUGUCAACUGUGGAGAGAUAAACCCCAAGGCAUUACCAACGGACUGGAUUGCAUGGGGAUCAGCGAAUGAUGAGGGCCGGUGUCGUCGACUGCAAGCAAGCACAGUUUUCAUAUGGUUUCUGUUUGCAUGUGUGUCUGGAAGUCUAUUCUUGACCAUUCGAGCUGCCCGCAACACUUAUGGCUCUCUUCGAAGUGCCGCUUCAAGGCCAUCCAUGUCGCAGAUUUCUUCCAAUAUUCGUUGCAGGAGAAUGUCGCUGACGCGAUCACGAGAGCUCGUAGUCAGAUAA